GGGGCAAUGGCUUGGUGUUUAUCAGCUUAGCCCUCUCACUUUGUUGGGAAUAUUUACUUGAGGCUGUUUUUGUAAAGAAUGAAUUCCAGACAGGGCGAGAUGGAGUGGCAGUGGGCACUUUUCACCUUAUUUCUCAACUUUCAAUUCACUUACGGCUCUCCGUCCUCCUAUGAUUUGUUCCAAGGGUCCGCACACAGUGGAGUGGUGCACAGACACAGAAACAGGAACUGGUGUGCCUAUGUGGUGCACAAGAACGUGAGCUGUGCCGUCCAGGGGGGCGUAGAGAGCUUCGAGGAGCCCGUGGUGGUGCCCUGUCCUGCCUACCAGCCCGACUGCCAGCCGCAAGUGACGUACCAAACUCGUUUUCGACCCACAUACAAGACCGCCUUCAAGACAGUUACAGAGUUAGAGUGGAGAUGCUGUCCUGGUCACCAAGGUCCAGACUGUAAAGAUUUGAAGCCACUCCCCAACCGGCAAACUGUACAGAGAACACAUCCUUACAUCCCAUCCAAUCCUGGACAUACAACCAGACACACACAGAGGCCAGAGCGUAGAGAAACUGGGCAUCAUGAAGAGAGGCAUGGUGGGGUAGAUAAGGUGCGUCUUCUGGAGGGUGAAGUUCAGCGUCUCUCUCAGACUGUUCUGGACCUCCAGACAGCCUUGACAAGCUUAACUGCCAACCUCCGUACAGACCUGCAAGAAGACACCAACAAGAUGCUGGUCACUCUCCUCAACAACAUGCGCCCACCAGACAAUGACGCUGCCACCGACGCUGAGAACCCAGCAAUGCUGGAUGGCCAUCAAGCUACCAGAGGGGGAAUUGGAGGUGAUAGGGGCAUAGAAAAGAUGAUUGCCAGGUUGGAUGACAUGAACAAUGCACUGAAGAGCAAGGAUGAAGCUUUGGAAGAUCUUCGAGGAACAGUGACAGCUCAUGAGGGGCAAAUCCGUCUCCUGAUGGAUGCUUCACAAUCUCUUACUCCAUCCACAAUGGAAAGAGGCUCUGAAACUGACUUUGAUAUAAUCCAGACCUACAUCGAUGGACAAUUUGAGAAGCUGAAGAAAGAUCUAGUUCAUAGUACAGAGGAACAGAUAGCCAAGUUACAAAGCACUUGCAACGACAGGAUCCAGACCUUGCAGAGGACCUGUGAAGAGGGUCAUGACCAAGGCCUGGAUACUCUAACCAAGCUGGUAGACACCAAGGAGGCAGAGCUGAGAAAAGAGAUCCGGGCUCUGCGUCUUGACAUGGUUGCUGCAGAUGGACCCAUACGAACUCAACGGCAGACUGAUCCAGCCAAGCAGGAAGUGGACCACAGUGACCACAAAGACCUAUGGCGUGAGAUUGACCGGAUUGCAGAGGCUCACCGCAUCCUGAAUGUCCGUAUUGACAAUGAGCUAGCUCACCUGUCUGCCCCUCAGCUCGAUAAUGAGUAUGGCCCACUCAUUGAGGAGCUGGAGGCACGCAUCAAUGUCACAGAACAAAAUGCAGAGAUGCACUGUUUCUAUAUUGAAGAGAAACUGACCCGUACGAUUGCGGAUGAAGUGACAGCACUUCGGCAGCUGCUGGAUGAGCGUCUUAACACUAUGGAAGACCAGUUUACCAAUAUGCUGGUGGAAAUGAGCAACAACUCCUUCCCUGGGAUGUCUGGUGACUCCAUGAGUGCUAUCCAGGCAGAGGUCAACAACAACAAGUACCUCCUCCAAGGCUUGGAUGAUAAGGUCAAUGCUGUUGGGGAGCUGUGCUCUGCAGGAUGUUCAAGCUCAGGAGGUGCGACAGGCACAGGAAGUUCAUCCAUCAUAUCUGGUGGCUUAGACAAGAUUAUUAAGGAUGUACGCCUAUGCAGGAACGACUUGGAUGUUCUUCACACAGAUGUAAGUGCUAACUCAGACAAGCUCAGACAACUGGAGGAUGUUGUUGAAAGGGAGUCAGCUGGACACCAGCGACAUGUAAAGAACAUGGAGGACUUCCAAAAGGGAUUAAUUAAUCUUCAAGAUAAUGUACUUGGUCUGGCUGGUGCUGUUAAUGGGUUAAGUGAUUCCCUGAGCAAAUACUCCCAGGAUAUGCAGAAAAUGAACUUGACAUGUUGCCAGGCAGCACUGAGUGGCACUGGGGGGCCAGCAAGGCAGACUGUCAGCACUGUAUCUAGUGGUAAGAUGGACAUGACUGGCGACAGCCAGAUGGAGGAGCUGAGGAACAGAAUUGAUAUGCUCAGUAACCAGGUGUCAUCUGGACUGGGACAAUGUAAAGAGAACACUCAGGGUGUUACUGAUGGCAUUUCUGCUGUAGAUGGACGUGUGACCAGACUUGAAAAGGUCUGUGAAGGGUUGGAUGGAGUUUCUACCGGUGUCAGUGAGCUGAAGGAUGGGUUAGAGAGGCAUGUCGCUGCUCUGUGGGAUACUGUCCACAGGAUAAAUGACACCUGUGGGACACACACCACAGACAUCAACUCUGUGCAGAAUUCCGUGCAAAACCUCCGGACACAGUUAUCCGCAAUGGCCAAGCAUGUCCUCAAAGAUGUCACUGCGAAAGAGCCAGGAAUGACUUUAAGACCUGAGAGGCCCGGUUCAUCGCCGGACUCGACUCAAACAAGACCCAGAAUUACACAAAUCCCCCACAUCCACAUCCCUCUCAUCAUCCCCAACCAGCCGUCCAGUCCUAGGCAGCCUUACAAUCCCCGCCAACCAGCUAGGCAGCCGGCCCGGACCAACACACUGCACCAGCCCAGCUCGCCAAGCCAGCCAUCCAGACCCCAGCAACCAGGCCAGCCCACUCUUACCCGGGUUCCCAGUAAGCCAGUGCUGGAGGCAGGCGAGGCUGGACCUCCUGGGUACAUACGUAGGGUGACUGUGCGGAGAGGCUCUGAGGACGACUCCUCCAUGCCUGUUAAAGGCUUCGCUGGAGCACCAGGCUAUCCUCCUGUGCACCCUGUGUCUUUCAAGCCUCCAAACAGCCAAGCUCCUGUUGCAGCCAAAGUGCCCUGGAACCCAGUGUACCAAACUCCAGUCGUGGCAUCAGUGUCAGUAGACAACAGCGCCCUGGCAGACCCCUUCUCUUUCUCGGCGGGCCUCACCCAGCAGCAUUUCACUGGUGAUUUUGGUGUCAUUCGCUUCAACAGAGUCCUAGUCAAUGAUGGUGGACACUACAAUGCCCAUACAGGGAUCUUCACUGUCCCAAUGGACGGCCGCUACUUGAUCUCAGGACUGCUGACUGCUAAGCAGGGGGAGCGCGUAGAGGCUGUGCUGUCUGUGUCGAACCGCAGCGUCCAGAGGCUGAGGAGCUCAGCGGGGCCGGCUGCCGGUCAGCACGGGGGCUCAGCCGCAAGUGGCUGUGGCUGCGGUGGCUCCGUGUCCUUCAGUCUGAUCCUGUCCCUGAGGAGGGGAGAUCACGUGGGCCUGGUGAGAACCGGGGGCCAGCUGGCCACCACCGAGGCCAGGGAGAUCCUCUCCACCUUCAGUGCCAUCUUCCUCUACGCACCACAGGCCAAAAGAUAGCUGGCACUCACAGCCGGCCAAAAACUGGUUUGUUCCCAGUCAGUUGGAUUGGAGAACAUGAUGAAGAAGCCAUAGUUGUGACUGAUUUGCUAUUGGCACAUGUAAAAAAAAAACAAAAAACAAAAAAACAAUUGUGCUGUAAUGCAGCUACACUACAGUCACUGUCUGAGGAUGGUGCAUUUCCAGUUACAAGUCUUGAAAAAUGUUAUUAGUGUUGAUCAAGGAUUCGCAUUAACGUUUUCAGGCAUUCCCCAAAAAUAAGUACAUGAAGCAAUAUUUGUUGCUAAUAUAUUUGAUAAUCAAUUUACCGUUUUGUACUUAAUGUACUAUUUUGUUUUGAGUGUCUUCUGUAAAAAAAAAAAGUGUUUAUAAAUUAACAUUCAUAAAGUUUUAUCUAUUUUAUUUUAACAAAACCAUCUCAGAGAAUCAGUAUCCCGUCAGUUAUUAUUGGAGUAUAAUAAUGAUGGUUUGGCAAUAAACCAUGACAAAUCA